AUCCUUGGGUAGAACUGUGUGGAGUGGCCUCACCUUGAAAUAAAAUCAUCUUAGAGUUGUAAUAAACUUACCCGUAAAGAAGUUGUUUUGAAACUGUAACAUUUAUGCAGCUGUUGUUACGUGAGUAGGCCCACUUCCUAAUGAAAAGAGAAACUUUAUUGGAGGUUUUCACCGCCAGUCCCAGACCAUGGAGGAGAAUUCGGAGUCACGCACGACGGCCACAGCUGAUAACGGUUCAAACUCGGACAGCAGUACCUCGACCCUAGCUUAUGACAAGCUUUUCGUCUGCUCUGCACCCGGGCUGCUGACCUUAUUAGAAAUAGUCUUUGGUCUCCUUGUGUGGAUGCUGAUUGGUGGGACAGAGUACCUGCAGGUGCCGGCCCUGGUCUGGGUCAUGUUGGUGUCCGUGGUGUGUUGGGUGCUGACCAUCUGUCUGCUCCUCGUCGGCCUGGUCAGUGGGCGCACCCGCUUCCCUCAGAUACCAUGGAACACACUGGAUUUGUGCUUUAAUAGCGUAGCAGCAUCACUGUAUACAACUGCUGCUGUAGUGGACGCUGCAUCCAUCACCCAAGCCAUCAGAGGGCGCCACAGUUACAACAGUUGGAUUGUCUCCACGAUUUGUGCCUUCCUUGUGGCUAUAUGCUAUGCAGUCAGUGCAUGCUUAAGUUUCAGAUCCUGGAAAAAUCAGAGAUGACAGGCCAAAUAAUGGAACAGAAACACGCAACAUCACAUACUAACAGUUUUACCUGGAAACUUUUAUUGAUCAUGUUUUUUGUAUUUCUCUGAAAAAACUCAAUGUGCUUGUUAAUGUGUAGGCCUGCACACAUCUUGCUGUAUGUUCAGACAUGUUUCCAGUACUAUUGUGUAGCAUUUGCCAAUUGGUCUUGGCAGUUGUUUGGUUGUUAUUAUUGGCCUAAAUUGAGGUCACAUAUGGAAGAAUUUUGCACAUAUUUUGAAAGCAGUUUCUAUGAUUUAUAUUACUUGAUGUAAAUAUUAGCAGCAUUUUCUGCCAAAACUGGAAUGUGCAUUCAUUAAACUUGAAAUGUUAUACAGAUAAUGUAAAAAUACGAAAUAUAUUUAGAUUAUGAAAGUUUGGAUUCAAAAUAUAUUUUUCUGAAUAUAUACGUGGAGAUAUAUAUUGUCUUUAAUGAUUAUAAUGUGUAAUAUUUCCACGUUGAAUAACCAAAGCCUCCAUUUCCAACUGCAAAGCCUGACUUUGUUUACAAUUGUUUUCAUUGGCUUGCAAAUGCACCACAACAAUAUUUUGAUUGAGAAUAUUUUGUUUUGUUUGAUAUAUUUUGAGAAACAAAGCACUUUCAGCCACUCCAAAACAAAUGACAAGGUUGGUGAAUACAUUGUCCACUCUUCCUUCCACCCUUAGAUCCAACAAAUGACAGUGUUGGGUGGUUACAGCUGAUUUAUUUGGAAGGUGUGGAAGCAAAAGAAAAGCGGUAUUUCAUAAUUUCCUCAUGGGGUGAUGAGAAUGUUAUAGCUGUUUCAAUAGCUCACAGCCCAUGGGUUGCACAGAGUUCCUUGGUAUCAUUAGAGUGUCUGUUUGCCACAGAUAAUGGUUAUUGUUAUAGCAAAAACAUAACAGUUUGCACGCAGUAAUGUGACCCAAUGAAAAAUGUGUUGUGUCCUGCUCUUUUCUGGCAGCACUCCCAUACUCUGCUCUUCAGCACUCCCACCCUCUGCUCUGCACUCCCACCCUCUGCUCUUCAGCACUGCAUACUCUGCUCUUCAGCACUGCAUACUCUCUGCUCUUCAGCACUGCAUACUCUUUGCUCUUCAGCACUUUUCAGUCCACCCAAAAUUGCCCCAUCUGACGCGCAUGUAUAGGUUGAAUAUGACUUUUGAAUAUUUGAUCUCAGUAUAUUUGAUGGAGUUGCAAUAUAGAUGGAGAUGCAUUAUUUCAUUCAUUUAAUUUAUUUAUUAUAGUGGUUUCUUAAACAAAGAUGAAGACAUUCAAAUGAUGUGCUGAGUUUGUAAUAAUUUGUCAUCACUACAAUGAUCACUGACAGUGUGUAAAUGCAUUACAUUUGUGUAACUGCACAGUAUUUAUGGAAUGCCUUUUCUGUGGAAACAUUUUCUAAAACAUUUCAACAUUGGUUUAUAAUUUUUCUUAAUUAUACAUUUUAAUGUUACAGAAAACAGACACACCUUAUUGGCAAAAUGAAUGGAGUAUAAAUCAUACAGUAUGCAUACAUGAACAUAUUACACUAGUAAAUAUGGAUACCUGGUUCUUCAUAUCCAGGUUCUAAAAUAAAAUCACAACAAGCAGGCACAUUCCAGACCAAAUUAAACCCACACAACCAGCACACCAGGACCAAACCCUUUCCCAUCAGAAAGCACACACUUAAAGGCACGUCACCAGCUGUCUGCAUCAAAUCUCUAUUAUAUCUGACCAGGUUAUUGACCCAUAAAGGGGUCAAUACAUAUUGUGUACAUAUGUCAAACUUCCACGUUCUCAGAAAAGACAUCAUAAUGAGCUGCUGGUAUAAGGCAUACCAGUAAUAGUAUUCAGUGGUUGCUCCUCAUUCCAAUUCCAUUUUGUUGAUGUCUGGCAUGGCCUUGGGACAAAGCACAUACGAUGUCGAAAUCUCUUGACUCACUUUUAGAGGAAACGCUAUUCUGUCUGCACAGACGAGUCUCCCCGCGGAGACUUCCCUCAUACCGCUGUACAUCAGAACAUGUCAAGAUUUCAGUGGAGUUUUGAGCAAAUUGAUGCACUUGAACUGAGGACCGUGACUCCUGAUACUAAUAUAAUGACGUGGUUAGUCAGUUAACUAAAUGUGCCGCAAAUGGGUACAAAAUAUGACCACCGCUCAGUCCUGCACAUUCUCUCCACGA